CCUACCCAAUCUCUGCGACUCUUCGCUCAUCCGACUCUCUUCGCGACACGCGCUUAAGCCCGUACCACCACCCAUCAUGUCGCUAUUCUGGUCAACGCCCUUGGACAUAGACAUCGUACUCGAAGAUGCCGACGAACGCGCCAUGGUCGAUGUCAAGAUGGACAAGAACCGUCGCGAAAAGGCCCCGUUAUAUCUAGACGGCGAGAGCGUCAAGGGUGCCGUCACAGUCCGUCCGAAAGACGGCAAGCGACUGGAACACACUGGUAUCAAGGUCCAGUUCAUUGGCACAAUCGAAAUGUUCUUCGACCGCGGAACCCACCACGAGUUCCUGUCUAUGCAAACAGAACUUGCCGCGCCCGGCGACCUUCAACAUCCGCAAACCUUCCCAUUCACCUUCAAGAACGUCGAGAAGCCGUACGAGAGUUACUCUGGCAUCAACGUGCGUCUACGCUACUUUGUACGCGUGACCGUGAGUCGCCGUAUGCAAGAUGUCGUGCGCGAAAAGGAUCUCUGGGUCUACUCAUACCGUAUGCCGCCAGAGACCAACAGUGUCAUCAAGAUGGAUGUCGGUAUCGAGGAUUGCUUGCACAUUGAAUUCGAGUACAGCAAGAGCAAGUACCACUUAAAGGACGUUAUUGUGGGCCGCAUUUACUUCUUACUGGUUCGUUUGAAGAUUAAGCAUAUGGAGCUUAGUAUCAUCCGCCGCGAGACAACAGGUGUGCCACCGAAUCAGUAUAAUGAGAGCGAGACGCUUGUGCGCUUCGAGAUCAUGGACGGCUCACCCUCUCGCGGCGAAACAAUCCCCAUCCGUCUCUUCCUCGGCGGCUUCGACCUAACACCCACCUUCCGCGAAGUAAACAAGAAAUAUUCGACCCGCUACUACCUCUCCCUCGUCCUCAUCGACGAAGACGCCCGCCGCUACUUCAAGCAAUCCGAAAUCGUCCUCUACCGUCAAGCACCCGAAGGUGUCGAGGCCGCCCAACGACAGGCCAAGGAAAUACAAAUGAGCUGAAGCCAGACGCCCCACCGUGAUCUCUCUUUGCAGCUAUGAAAAGGGUAUGAGUAAGAGCAGGGGGAAGGGAGGUUAGGGUGGGGGGACGCAAAUUGGUUUUUUGUUUCUAUACAAAGACCUUAUAUGAGAGAGACAAGAGCAAGAGAAAGCAGACGUGGAAAGUGUAUGUGGUUGGGUUUGUGUCACACGACUUGAUCUUGCGCGCCGGGCCAGAAAUAUUCUUUUUGCGCUUAUAGCGAGGCGUUCAAUGGCGUCUUGAGGGGUUGGUUAGGGGAGGGAGAUGAGGAAAGAGGAAGUACCGCAUUCGACAGUGUAUGUGAGGGUAGACUCUUCCAAGGUAACAAGAGUUGCCAUGUCAUGUUGUAUUCUGUUCAUGAGAACAAAGAUGCCCC